AUGGAGAUGAUUCGCCCUAAAGCUCCUUCUCUUCGGUGUGUGGCGGAUUUGAUGUUCAGAAACAACAGAACUUGGAACCGUAGGUUUCUUGAAUUUCUGUUUGGUUAUGAAUUGGGGAGUCUGAUUAGUACCAUCCAAAUCAACUCUUUUGCUGAGAAAGACAUGCUCAUUUGGAAGAAUUCGGAUAGUGGUAUGUUCUCGGUCAAGGGGGCAUAUUUAUGCAGUCAAAGGACUCGGUUUGCCGAGAAAAAAGAGUUAUGGAAGUGGUUAUGGGAUAGUAAGAUACACCCCAGGCAAAGUAUGAUGCUGUGGCGUGCGAUAGCUGGGGCACUUCCUUCAGCGGAUAAAUAUGGGGGCAGUAACUCUUGUGUUUGCCCGUUCUGUGGGUCUGAUUCUGAAAGCCCUCUCCAUAUUUUUGUGCGAUCAUUGAUCAAUAUGGACACUUCAUCUAGACAUUACUUUCUGGUUUGGUUUGCCUCAAUUCUCGAAACUGUGUGGCUGUGGCGGAAUAGAUUGUAUCAUGGUUCCCAGGUGCUGAUUUCGAUCGGGACUAUGAUUUCUGAUGCCUGCAAACGUUUUCUUGAGAUGCGGGAUAUCAAGAAGAAUCACCCUGAGAUGGGAGCUGUCUCCAUCUCUCGCCAGAUAUCUCCUGGAGUAACCUCGAAGAUGAUUGUGACGGAUGGUUCUUUUAAAGAUGGUGUUUUUGGGGGUGCUCUGGUGGCCAUUGAUUGUAUCACUAAUCAAUGGUUUAUCAAAACAACCUCAGGAAAACAGGACUGUGCUAUUGCUGCUGAACUUGAAGCUAUUAAAUUAGCUUUACUCUGGACUAAGGAAAAGAAUUGGGAAGGAGUGAGCAUCUUCACUGACUCUCAAAUUGUUGUGAACUCUCUUCUGAAGAACUCUUGCCCGAAUUGGAGAUUUAGAUCUUUAUUUGAUUCUGUUGCUGCUUUGAAAAACACUUUAGUUAAUUGUUCUUGUGUUUUUAUUUCCCGAGAUCUUAUUACUUUUGUUGAUGCUUUAGCAAAAGAAGCUAGAAGUUCCUCCAAGGAACAUCUGAAUUGUCAAGGGGAGGGAUUUCCCCCUGUGGAUCCCAUGAACCUUUUCUCGGUUUAA